AUGGCGACGCUUAACGUUCUUGCUUUCGAUCUUGGGGGUCGCACGAUAGAGUUCGCCACCUGGCUUGACGACCUGCAACUGUUUCUUAUGACUGAUGCCAAGGACGGUGUUUCACUGUUCGAUCACGCGUCUGGCACUGCGGUUUCUCCUGCUGGCACUGCUACUGCUCUUGACUGCUCACAGUGGCAGACUCGCGAUGCUGCUGCGCGCCUCGCUAUUCGCAACCAUCUGCCGAUCACAGAGCGCGCGCAUUUUAGCCAGCACAAGACUGCCAAGGCACCGUACGACGCUGUAGUUGCCCACUACUCUUCCCCGGGGUACUUCCCCCUCCCCUCUUGCUCCCUCUACGCCUCCGCUGCUGCUGCUCUCGACUACCUGGGUGCUGAGGAAGUCGGGGCUGCUUCCGCUCCUAGUGGGAAGCGCCUCAGCGCCAGGAGCGGCAAGGGUGGCAGGGGAGGUGGGGGUGGCGGUGGAGGGGGCGGUGGUGGAGGCGGCGGGGGAGGUGGAGGUGGUGGGGGUGGUCGUGGGGGUGGAGGUGGUGGUGGGGGCGACGGUGGCACUGGGAGCGGUGGGGGUGGCAGCGGCGGUAGUGGGGGAGGAGGGAGCGGUGGUGGCAGCGGCGGUGGGGGCUGGGGUGGAUCCGGCCAGAAGGGAAGCUCCAUUGGUGGCCAGGGACAGUAG